UUCAAGUCGUUACUAACUUCUAACUUCUUUGUUUUUUUCUUUUUUGUUCAUGUAUAAAUACUACUAGUAAACAGGGUAUAGAGAAGAAGAACAGAGAUAGAGAUAGAGAUAGAGACAGAGACAACUUCACAAACAGAGUGAAGACCUAAUUGUUCAAUAGAUUAAGACGUAUGAGAGCUAUUAUAAAUAAUCACAGAUUUCUAUCCCAAUUGCUCUCACGAACCAAAACCAAAAUCUCUUCUUGUUUCUUGAUUAGAAGUAUGUCUUCAGAAGUUAAUCAGAAUUUCAAUAAAUCAAGAUUGGUCAUUAAGAAAGUAUUAGCUAAACCUCAACGUGAAGGAGAAGGAGCUACUGUUAGCAGAAGCAUCGGAAGAAUGGAAUUGAAGUCCCUGGAUCCUUUCCUUAUGUUGGAUGAAUUUUCUGUUUCACCUCCUGCUGGAUUCCCAGAUCAUCCUCAUAGAGGUUUUGAGACUGUUACAUAUAUGCUAGAGGGAGCUUUUUCUCAUCAAGAUUUUUCAGGGCAUAAAGGAACAAUCAAAACUGGAGAUGUUCAGUGGAUGACUGCUGGUAGAGGAAUUAUUCAUUCAGAAAUGCCUGCAGGGGAAGGUAUUCAAAGAGGUUUACAACUUUGGAUCAAUUUAGCAUCUAAAGAUAAAAUGAUCGAGCCGAGGUACCAAGAAAUUCAAAGCAAAGACAUAGAACGAGCAGAAAAAGACGGGGUUGAAGUUCGAAUUAUUGCGGGAGAAUCCAUGGGUAUACGCUCACCAGUUUAUACAAGAACGCCAACAAUGUACCUUGAUUUUACACUAAAGUCAGGAGCUGAAUUGCACCAAAGUAUACCAGAAUCAUGGAAUGCAUUUGUUUAUGUAAUUGAAGGGGAGGGAAUAUUUGGUUCAACCAACUCCAGUCCGAUUACGGCUCAUCAUACGUUAGUUUUAGGCUCUGGUGACGGAUUGAGUGUUUAUAAUAAAUCUGGAAAUUCACUUAGGUUUGUGUUAAUUGGAGGCCAACCUUUGAAUGAACCUGUCGUGCAGUACGGGCCGUUUGUUAUGAAUACACAAGCUGAAAUUGAUCAGACAUUCGAGGAUUAUCGGUAUUCUAAAGACGGAUUUGAGAAGGCUAAGUACUGGAAAUCUCAACCUUUGGGCUGAAGUAACAAGAUACUUUGUUGAAAUUAUAGGCUCAUGGGUGUUAUCACUUUGCAAAGGGAAAACACAUUAAUAAAGGUAUGAAGUUUCAAGAUUCAGUUAAUCAUCAUCUCAUUUUUAUCAUAGUGUCUUAAUAUUCAAAUCCAUUAGAAACCGUUUGUUGGUGUUCUUGUACAAACUGUUUGUUGGGUUUAUUCAUUUUUUUGUUCAAAGUGCUUACUUUUGGGUUCUUGGUGUUAGAUAGAUUGAUGUAGUUGUUGGUGGUGGUGUUGGUGAGUUGUGUUGUUAAUCAUUUUUUGCACCCAAUAGUUGGAAGGAGGUCAAUAGGUGCAAGAAGCACUCGGUGUUUGUAAUGAGUUGAUACUCAAAACUCCUUUCGAGUGUUGGGUGGGGUAUAAUUGUUUCAUCAUUCAUGUAAGCUUUACCAAGCUUGUAGGAAUUUUUUAUUUUAUUUUUGGCAAA